AUGUCAGAACAACCUGGUUAUAACGAUAAAAGAACCGUGCUAAACAAGGCCAGCUUGAUCGAACCAAUCAUACGACACCGCAUCCAAGAUUCUACCUUCUACAAACAAUACCUCUAUCUAACCAACGAACUGACCAUCCUACCAAUAAUAACCAAUCACGUCAAAUACAUCGGUGGUACCGACUCAAUAGGAAGACCCCUGGAGUUCUUAUGCUGCUCAUUACGAUUACUCGAACUAGACCCUCCAAAAGAAAUCAUCUCCAUCUACUUAAAUCAAUAUGGUUAUAACGAGUUCAAAUACUUGACCGGUCUAAUCCUCUUCUACAUAAGACUAUCCUAUUCUUCCCAGGAAAUCUAUACUGUCUUCGAUGAAUAUUUGAAAGACUACCGCAAACUUCGUUUUAAAUUGAAAACUCCAAAGUUUCUAGAUAAUGGAUUAUCGGUCAAUUUUGCAAUCAUUCACAUGGACGAAUGGGUCGACCAACUCUUAACAAACGAAAGAUGCAUAGACUUGAUCCUUCCAAGGCUAAUAAACCGAUCCUUGCUUGUGGAUAGAGACCUAAUUGAUCCAAGACACUAUCCUGUCACCAAACACCCCAACGAUUCUCCCUCCGAUGCUACCUCUAGUGACUACCAAAGUGACAGUGACUAA